CGCCCACCCACGUGUAACAGCAAUGUCACUGAACAACUUCACUCUUUCUUUUUCCUCACAUUUAAGGAGAGGACGGCUCAUAUUAGGACUUCCAACUGUCAGAGACUAUGGUAAAAAACAAGCCUCGAAGCCAUGGAAGCAAGAACCUAAUCGUAAAGUCCGCAUGACCCUCAUACUCACAGAAAAUGUUGAGAAUCUCGGCGUACGUGGUGAUGUGGUUCAAGUUAAACGAGGCUAUGGUAGGAACGUGCUGCUACCAGAAGGGAAGGCAGUUUAUUCGCAUCACGAGAACUGCAAGUUGUUCGGGAUAGGCGACAUUAAGGAAGAAAUAGAGAAAAUGAAGGACGCGGGGGGUUUUAAAAUUCAAAACACUAUUAGGAAAAUGCUCGAGAAAGAUUUGGUUUUUAAACGAUAUCGUACAGGCGGAAAAUGGAGUAUAAGAGAAAUGGAAAUAUCUACAGCAUUGCUUAAAAAGUAUCACAUGCAUGUUCCAUUGGACUGUAUUAAUAUGAAUAAACCAAUUACUGAUUAUGGACAGACAACUGUGACAGUUAGAUUAUCUGAGGGUGAUGAUAAAGUUGGACCGGAAGUGGUAAAGUUGCCAGUGACUGUUAGUCCCAAGGAGAGGCCACAGAAGAAGAAGGAAGAAAAAGAACAAAAUGCUGAGACAUGAUUAAUUCAAUUCAUUUUUGCUGUACUAUGCCAUGUAAAUUAAUUGAAAUGAGAACAAAAAACACAAUGUUAUUUCUAUCAAAA